UGUCAUCACGGCAACCAAAUCAAACAUUUUGAUUUUGACAAGAUGACUUCGAAUCCCUUCCUCUUACCGAAGUUCGAGAAUAUAUUUGAGUUGAGAGAUACAGAGAAGGAAGAAAGACUCAAGAAGACUAGAGAACUUGCAAAGUUAAAAGUUCAUCAGAAGGUCCAGUCUGAGAAAAAAAUUAAAUCAAGAAGGUCAAUUCUAGAAGAACUGGGAUCCGAAAACGAAGAUGGAACCACAGAUAAUGAUAACGUAGCUUUUAUUCUGCAGAAAACGAAAAGACAAUUUGUUGACAGAGAAACAAGAGAUCAAUUUAUUGCAAAUAGAAGAGAAAUGUUUUUUAUCGAGUAUUUAAUCGUAGCUCAACGUUCGGAGCUGAAAAGACUGGAGGAAUUGGCAGCGCACGAGGAACAAAAGCUUGAACUUGCGGAACAGUGUUUGGAACAAGACGCAGCUCUUUUCGACGAAUUCCUCAAAGAAAACGAUAAAAGCUCUGUAGAAGCAGUAGCUAACUCUGAGCAAGAAGCUCGUAAACGUGCUAUGAUGGUUGAUAAAAUCAAACAGUUGACAAUACAUAAAUCACAAAUCAAUGCAGAAAUAACUAGACUAAAAGAAACUGUGAAGGAUUAUAAACAUUUUAGGGAAUUUCUUGAACGUUUAGUUCCAGAGCCAUACUAUUCACAAAGAAAGACAAUUAGAGAAGAUAAAAAACAACUCAAGCGCAAGCAGAAAUUACAACUUCGAAGUGUAAAUUCGAAACCAUCAAUAGGAGCUUCAAAUAAAAAUCCAGUAAGAAGACCAUCAUUCAUCAUUACCAGACGAUCAUCAUUGAAGCCAAUAUCAACUAAAACAUUGCCAGUUGAGUCGAAAGUUUCAAGACCGGUAACAAUGUAUGAAAGUUCAAGCAGUGAAGACAGUGAUGAAGAAGUUUACUUUAAAGAUCCAGCUCAAAUAUUGACUAUUUUACGUGAUUUAGAAGAGACAAACUUACGUUUAUUUCAACAUUGUCAGGAGUCAGAUGGUUCAGUCGAAAUAUUACGCAAUCAAGUGAAUGAAACUGUGGAUAAUUAUGAAAAAGAUAUUCACAUUUUAGCCCAACAUCAAACAUUUCUUAAAGACGCUAUUAAUUUAGAACAAAACAAAGCUCAGUAUUUCGACUUAAGCAUGAGUGACUUUUUAUUUGCCGGCUAUAAUGCAGAACAACAGAAGUUAAUUUUAAAAGAUCUAAAUGAAAUUAUUACCGAAGUUUAUGGCGAUUUAAUAAGAAAAUCAGAUACGCCGUUAAGUUCAUUACAGAUGUUAUUCGAAAUCGAAAUGAAAUUGGUUGAUUUACUUGAAACAUUGCAAACGUUACCUCAAGAUGAAGUUAACGAAGUAAAACAAGCUAAAGAAGCUGAACUUAGAAAACAAAUUAAAGAGGAGAAAUUGCAUCAACAACGUUUAUACCAAGAAGAACGUAUACAAAAAGCAUUAGAACGUGCUAAAGCUGAACCGAAGAAACAGACUGGGCGUAAAUUAAUGACUCGAUCACAACCUGCUGUUACACAAAAAUCAGAAAGUGAAAAACUUGAUGCAAAAGCGAAAGAAAUGAAAGAAUUGGCGUUUCUAUUUGAAUAAGAUUAUGAUGCAUGAUGG